AUGCUCGCGCUCUUAACUAUCGUAGUACUGAGGAUUUCCGCUGGACUUGCUCAGGAUGCGAAUCGCCCAAUAGUAGAAACGACUGGGGGCCAGGUUCAGGGUAUCACGGCUAGCUGUGGUCUAUUCUGCAGUUACUUCCAGUUCAACGGAAUUCCGUACGCCGAACCACCGGUUGGUGAUCUACGUUUCCGUAAUCCAGUGCCACAUGGCGGUUGGACGGGUGUUCGCAAUGCGAGCGACCAUGGGGAAAACUGUCCAUCGUUGAGUGUUCUCAGCGAGUAUUCUGGAGACGAAGAUUGCCUAUUCAUCAAUGUUUACACGCAGAAUAUUAUUGGAUCUCUGCCGGUCAUGGUGUGGAUUCAUGGAGGCGCUUUUAUCGCGGGAUCGGGUGGCUCCAGAGUUUACGGCCCGGAUUUCCUUGUGCAAGAAAACGUGGUCGUCGUGUCUUUCAACUACCGUCUGGGGAUUCUAGGAUAUUUUAGCACCGGAGACUCGCAUGCUCAAGGAAACUGGGGAAUGAAGGAUUGCGUGGAAGCUCUUCGUUGGGUUCGCGACAAUAUUGCUGCAUUCGGAGGUAACCCGAACGACGUAACCAUCUUUGGUGAGAGUGCUGGGGGAGCUGCUGUACAUUAUUUGGUAUUGUCUCCGAUGGCCACCGGAUUGUUUCAUCGUGCUAUCGCUCAAUCUGGAACUGCCUUGGUUCCCUGGGGAUUUCAAUACAAUGUAGCUGAAUUGUCUCGCAAUAUCGCAGAUAUCUUUGGGUACCCACACGAUUCUGAAGAGUUGACGCGUCGUUUACGUAGCACUCCGAUUGCUAACUUUGUUGAUCUUCAGCGAAUGCCGUCGGAUAUUCCAAUUCCAAGAGGUUUCAAACCAUUCGAAUUCGUUCCAAGUGCGGAACCAACGGAUUCUCCAGAACCCACCUUCCUAACACAACGUCCGAUAGAAAUCUUACGUGCUGGAACAUUCAAUCAUGUCCCCAUAAUCAUCGGUUAUAACAGCAUCGAAAGUCUGUUCAUGGUCCGAGAACAUUUUAUCGACUCAACAGUAUGGAAUGAAUUUACUAGAAAUCCUCAGUUCUUCGUACCCCAUUAUUGGAACAUUCCGGUUGGAACUGAAGGAACCAGUGCAGUUAGCCAAGCAUUCCGUGAUCAUUAUUGGCAGGAUCAAGCUCUUACACCGGACAUUAUGGUCGAGUGGUGCCAAUUCCACAGCGAGCAACAGUUUAUCUACCCUAUCGACAAAACAGUUGCGUUGACCGCAAAGGCCAACACACAACCAACCUACUAUUAUCAGUUUAGUUUCGACGGCGAUUUGAACCUACUGAAAGGUUUGCUGCGGCUCUCUGAUUACCCUGGAGCGGCGCACGCCGACGAACUUCCCUACUUGUGGUCAAUUACAAAUGCUCCAAUUUCACCCGUUUUGCCCGGGAACCAUGCGCUCACCGUUCGUCAACGCAUGGUUAGGCUCUGGACAAACUUUGCCAUCAGAGGUAAUCCAACGCCCAAUUCCGACACGGACCUCCAGAACAUAAAUUGGGCUCCAGUGUCUGGAGAUGACCUGGCCUAUCUGGAUAUAGGACACGAUCUUGUAACCGGAAGCCGUCCCAAUCACGAACGUCUCGAUGUAUGGAAGGAUCUAGAAGAACGGUACGCCAACAACCCAUUCUAUUAUCCGUAUAUAGCAGAAAUGGUCAGUUUCUUUGCUCUGGUUGUCCUAAUAGUCCCGUCUGUUGUAUUUGCUGAAGAUGGACCAAUAAUCAGUAGCCCGUCGGGGAAAAUACAGGGUACAGUUGAGUCAUGUGGUAUGUUUUGCACAUACUACUCAUUCAAAGGUAUCCCUUAUGCACUGCCACCGGUUGGUGCACUUCGUUUCAGGAAUCCAGUCGCUCAUCCAGAUUGGAGUGAUGUCCGAGAUGGUAGUCAGCAUGGUGCAAAAUGUCUGCAGGUUGGGACAAACCUUGAAGAAAUCAUAGGAGAUGAAGAUUGCUUGUUUUUGAAUGUGUAUAGUGAAAAUGUAAUUGGGCUACAUCCGGUGAUGUUUUGGAUCCACGGAGGAGCAUUCAGUGCUGGGGCCGGUGAUUUUGAACCAUUCGAUCCGCAGAAACUGAUUAGAGAAGGUAUUACUGUGGUGACCGUGAACUACAGAUUAGGUGCGCUUGGAUUUCUGAGUACUGCUGAUCAGUAUGCUCAAGGGAACUGGGGAUUGAAGGACUGCAUAGAGGCCCUUCGAUGGAUUAAGAGAAACAUUGCUUCUUUUGGAGGGGAUCCAGACAAUGUAACUAUUUUUGGAAACUCUGCUGGAGCUUCAUUGGUACAUUAUCUAUAUUUAUCCGAGCUGGCAGAUGGACUGUUCCACAAGGCAAUCGCCCAAAGUGGAAAUGCAUUGAUGCCAUUCGCCUUUCAAUCUAAUCCAAGUUUUUAUGCAGAUCGGUUAGCGGCAGCCUUCGGAUUAUCAAAUGAUAGCGCCGUUUAUGUUGAUGAACUCAGAAAUCUUCCAGCUAACAGUUUUAUUCCGUGGCAAGAAAACUUACCCGCCAUUCCAGUUCCACGCUACCUGCGUCCAUUGGACUUUUCACCAUCAGUUGAGCCAAGCAACUCUCCAGAGGCAAGAGCGUUAACCGAUAAACCGAAGCAUCUUAUGGAAACUCGAACCCACUACGUUCCCUUCAUGAUUGGUUACAAUGAUCUGGAAGGAUCAUUUUUCACAACCCUUGAACAACUCAUCGAUCAAACAGUAUGGGAACAGUUCAAUUCUCAACCUCAACUAUUGAUACCUUUCUUCUGGAACAUUGAAAACGGUUCUUCAUCUUCACUCAGUGUCAUUUCCGCUUUUCAACAGUACUACUUCAACGAUAAACCAAUCGAUAGUUCAGUGGACUUCGAAUGGGACCAAUACUACGGAGAUCACAUAUUCAGGUUCCCAACCGAUUAUACUGCCCAAGUCCAUGCAAGAGGUCAAGCACCAGUGUAUUACUACCAGUUUUCCUAUGACGGGGAUCUAAAUUUGUACAAAAAAUUAUUGAUGAUCACUCACCCUGGAGCAGUUCACUGCGAGGAGCUACCGUAUAUGUUCGAAAUAGCAACACAAAUGGGAAUUUCCAUUGCGGCCGAUAGCCAUGCUCUAACGGUGAGUAACCGUGUCGUACGAAUGUGGACGAAUUUCGCGAAAUACGGAGUUCCAAGUCCAGGCGAUGACACCAUACUGCAAAAUGUUAACUGGCCAAGUAUUCAAGAGGGACUAAAUGACGUGACCCUAAUGGACAUAGGCCGUGAUCUAUUAAUUACGGAUACCAAAUCUUCCGCAAGUUUAUUGAUGUGGCAUAAUUUGCAGAAUUCUUACGCUGCUAACCCGUUUGUAUGAGCAUCGUCCACCAGAUGGCAAUGCAGAAAUGAAUGCAAUUCAUUCUUCGAAAUUAAACGCAUAAGAGCAAAUUCAGCAGCUAGAAGUUCUAUAUGGAAGAUCUGUAAUAGAGCAGAAACUGGAACAAAUGUAUCCCCAGCAAACCGUUCUAGUUUUAUUUAUUCGACCAGUUCUUCUGUCAAAUUUAACACUGGUCUACGAUGCCGUUUUAUUUUUUUGUAUUUUUGAAACACGAAUAAGAUUAUGCAUCUAGAACUAGAACACUACUGCCCUAAAUAUGUGAAUUUUGGCCUGAAUUUGUUUUACUUCAGUUGUUCUUCAAAUAAGGGCGAAUUUAACAUUGACAAUAAAUGUAGAAAAACAUC